AUGACGCGUCAAUAUCGAGAUGUCGGUUCGAAGAAUCAACUGUGCUGCAACCUACCAUUGAAGUGUGAACUCUGUCACCCUGUUCUCCCUCCAGCACCUGGCAAGACAACAAGAAAGACACCUGUCGUCCCAGUCAGUGCUGUUUGGCGCUACAAUAUGCAUGAGCACAUUUUACAGGAGCAUGAGGAAUAUGUGGUACCGGGACAGAGAGAUGCUGGUUUAGCGCUGCCUGCGAAUGUUUGGAAGGAGAUGAGACUCACGGACUUGGAGCAGACCGCUUCACGCAUUCCAAAGACGUGUUGGCAGCCUUCCUAUACUCCCCCGGUCGAGAUUGGGAAGGAGAACAUACCUCUGUUGAUUUCCCGCGGUUCAAAAUGCUCUGCCGCACCCCAGGCAGGUCCAUCUCGUCCUUCAAAGAAGGCUCGAACAACUAUUCCAGCAGCUCUUUCUGCACUCGGUGCUUGA